AUGAUGCGGUUGAUGACUUUUGCUGCCAACUUAAUGGAAGUUAAAAUGCUGCUGAGUUCUGUGGGGUUUAUUCCCGUGCUGCUGAGGAGGGGCCCCUGCUGCAGCACGAACUCCCCGAGUUCCAGCAGCAAACGGCUCUCGAAGGGGGGCCCCCUGCGGGGCUCCUCGGCCAGUACCCUCGAGCCCCAGCUCUGCAGCGCCGGCGGGGGGGCCCCCAUCCUGCUGCUGCUGCUGCUGCUGCUGCUGCUGCUGCGGGGGGUGGACGGGGGAGGGCGGGGGCAGCAGCAGCAGGGGAUGCGGCAGCGGCAGCGGCAGCGGCAGCGGCGGGGCUGGGGAUGGGAUGGAGAGGCAGCUGCUGCUGAUGGGAUGGAGAAGCAGCUGCUGCUGCAGCAGCAGCAGCAGCAGCAGCAGCUGCAGCAGCUGCUGCUGCUGCAGCAGCGAGAAGGGGGGUGGAGGCUAGUGGGCGACGGCGGGGGCCGCCUUCGCGCAAACGGCGCGGGCAAGGAUAGGGGAAGCAGCGGGAAAUAA